AACGUGUAUAACAAUGGCUCGGAUGGUCGAUGUUCGCUUCCUGUGCUUCAUAAGUUUGCCUUGGAUGACACUCGGUGCUCUGGACUGCAGAGUGAACAGUUUCAAAGUCAAGUCCGAUUUAGAUCCUAAACAGCUCGUGGGGAGAUGGUAUGAGGUAAAGUGGAUCGCCCAGUCGUUCGUCCCAGUCAAGGAUCGCUACCGUGACUAUGAACACAGGUACUCCAUGGAGCCCGGGAAUGGCGACGUGCUGACAGUUCAUGGACAGGGGAGGUCUACGAUUGACGCCGACUGCUUUUACUAUAACGGUACUCUGCGGCCCACUAGCGUCCCCGGCAAGUUGGUGUACUCUCGGCCUGGAGGACAUAACGAUGUUAUCAGUACAGAUUAUUGGAUUGUUGAUACCGAUUACACCAACUACGCCGUCUCUUACGGUUGUCGCAAAAUUCGAAUUGAUGGCACGUGCGACCCGGAAGCAAUAGAGUCCUGGGUUUGGGGUCGUCGACCGGUGUUAACGUCGCCCCAGCUUAGUACGAUCAGUGGGGUUUUAAAAACUCUUUGUGUCAACUCCAACCAGUAUCUAGAUACUCCACAAGGAAGAGAAUGUCCACCACGACCAGAUGUCGGCAAUGUGAAACCAGUCGGUUAACAUUCGAGAAAUUGACUGUAGACGGGAAUUUUAAAGGACCUCUUUAAUCACGGCCAAGAGUUUUCUUGCAUUUCUGACAAUCAGAAACCAUGUGGAUAGAUGCUCUGUUGG